AUGUACGCACCUGUAUCAUUUCAGGCAAGUAUUAUAUUGCAUUUAACUUUGGAGUCACUUUCACAAUUUUUACCUCCAUCAAUCUUCCAACAACAACCAGGACCUAUGUCUCCUAUGAUAAUGCCUCCUUCAAUGCAAAUGUCACCGUAUCCUCAACAACGCCUUCCCGUCAUGGUAAUGCCGUACCAUUCAAAGGCGGCUGACAAGAAAUACUUAAAACGAAAAAAUAGAAAACACAAAUAUUACGAAGAUUCUGAAUACUAUAGUGAUAGUGAAAGUUGUUCUUCCAGUAACGAAUACUUACGAAGUCACAAAAGAGGUCAUAGAAAAAAGAAGCGGCAAGUCUUAACACCUGUGAUAUCCUAUGUAACUAGAAAUGGUAGGGUUGUUUAUCAGAAGAGAAUAAAAAAAGAAAAUGCUGGAGAUUGGUUAGAGAUUGGAAAGGAUAAAGUUUUGUCGAAAUAUGUGGAGCGUGAAAAGGAAAGCGGUGAAAUGACGAUAGGAGACUUAAAACAUAAGUACGGUUUAAAGAAACACCAUCAUCACAAUGAUAAA